AUCAAAUUUGCAAGCACUGGAUGGGCACGGACACGGCACUUUUGUUGCUGGUCUCAUUGCCGCGGCCCAAAACAGUCCACCCUUCUUGGAUCAGUUUAUCUCCCGGUCUUCAGGAAGUUCGGGUUGUCCACCUGUUGGACUCGCACCAUGGGCCGACCUAUUCAUAUUCCGUGUGUUUACCGAUCAACAAGUCUCCUACACUUCGUGGUUCCUGGACGCCUUCAACUAUGCGAUAUCGCGCAGGUUACAUGUGAUCAACUUGAGCAUAGGCGGGCCGGACUUUUUAGACCGGCCAUUUGUCGACAA